UCGUAGAAUUUAUGUCCCCGUUUUGUUUCCCUCCCUCGAGUUUUUUAAGUGAUAUUUUUUACGGCCUCCGCGUAGCUGUCGAUUAAUGUUACUGAAUCCUAGCAAUAUAAUCAAAGUGUUCACCGUUUUUUCGUCGUACCUAAAUGAGUGUGCUUCUCGGGUGUUUUGGAAUAAAAUCAAUCGAACAGGUUCCAGGAAAGAGAGAUCAAAAUUGUCGCAUCACAUAGGGACCGUUUCAAAGACAUGGCAUGAAGCUGGACUUCGACUUGGACUACUUGGAGCGGGGCGGCGGCGGCGACUCAAAAACUCAUGAUGUGAUAGCGGCCGCGGCUCCGGGCUCGGAGAUGGAAAGAAGUCCCGACUCCAUGGAACUAGUCAAAGUCAUCCUUCUCGGCGCUCCCAACGUCGGCAAGACCUCGAUCAUACAGCAAUUCGUAUGGAACGACUUUUGUGACGACUACACGGCGACCGACUGCAAGCACACCUAUUAUCCGUCUGUGAUCAUAAACGACCGCCUCUACGAGCUGAAGAUCUCGGAUCUCCCCUCGAUCCCCUACUUCCCGGUAAACUCCUUCUACGAGUGGACGGAUUUCCGCUUCUACGGCCUAAGAAACGCAACCGCCUACAUCCUCGUCUUCGACCUCUCCAACCUGGACACCUUCCAGUACAUCAAGACCCUCCGAGAGCAGAUCUCCGAGUCCCGCGACAUCAAGAAUAUCCCGCUCAUCGUG